CCGAGCCUGCAGGCAAAGUGAACGCUGUCACAAAUAACAAACAGACCGAUGUAAAACAAAACGCCAACAAAAGAAGUUGCUUUGAUGCACUGAUCUUUGCCGUUUUUGGCUUUUAUUAAUGGAGAAAAUGGCUGAGGGAAAGGACGAAAAUUGUAAAUUAUUUGAUCGGAUCGGUGAUCAUUAUGACAACCCAGAAAUGGCGGACAGGAUUUUAGUUGUUACAGUUCGAAAACAAGGAUGGGAGCAACUCCGGGCCGCAAAGCUAGCGAAGAAUAUCUGUCAAUCUAAAAAAUCAUCUACGGAGACAGGUAAAGCAGAAGAUGAAGCAUUGUCUGAUGAGGAUAGUGAUAUCGAGAUCGAUAAAACAGCGGAAAUCAAGGGGAAAAAUCAAAGUGAAGAAACAGAAGCAGGCGGUGUAACACCGGGGACUCUUGUAGACAUCACGAAUGAGGCCCUUGGUAAUAAAGGACCAGAGCCUUCACCUGCUUUUGAUGUUGAUCGAGGAAAAGUCAGUGAUGGAGAGAAAAAACCCAAAUGUGCAACGAAAAGAAAGAAAAAUAAGUCUGAUGACAGUUUUACCAUGCCAGAUGACAUUUAUAAAUUCACAUUUGAUAGCAUCCCUCAAUCAACAAAUGGUACAGAUCUGGAAGAAAUACCUGGAAAAGAAAAUGACAAAAGUCAAUGUAAUACUUCAAUAGCCCAUAAUAACUGUCGAGAAACUUUGCCACAAGUUGAGCCAGAACGUGAAUUGUGUGAUGGAACAGAGACAUGUAAAAUAGAUGAUAUCCAUGACCUUGAUGUACCAGAAAGUGUAGUGCGAGAGUAUGAAAUACAUGUUCAUAGUUUUUGGCUUGCUCUUAACAGCUCCUAUUUCAGGGGACUUUUUUUCAGCUCUGGCAUGAAAGAGACAAGAAAUAAAAAGGUGUCUAUAAAUGUGACUGAGGAUAUGUCAGCCAUGUUCAUGAUCUUGAUUGAAUCCCUGUACAGACCGGAUGUUGUUAUCAACAAGAGUGUUGAUGACCUGCUGAUUCUCAUGAGGCUGUCACUUAUAUAUGAUGCCGAUUCCACACUCAAAUGCUGUCAGAGAUUAUUGUCUACUGCAGAGCUUUCUAUCCCAAUAUGUGACAAGGCCUUGAACAUGCAAGAGCAUGAAAGGCUGUCAGAGAUGGAUGAAUUUAUAAAGCGAUGUGAGCAGCACCUGGUUGAAGCAUUUAGCCCUCUCGAUUACCAAUGGACAAGAGAAGAAUUCUUCUCUCUUAGUGCAACUGCUUUAAAAUCAGUCUUAGGAAGCAAUGAGUUGUGUGUGUCAUCUGAGAACACAGUAUUCUUGGCAUUGAUGCGUUGGGCGGAGAUGAAUGAAGUACUUGAUGAAGGUUUAGAACCUCUUCUCAACCAUGUUUGCUUUAAAGCCAUGACCAUCAACUACCUACAUGAUGUUGUAACAAGUGCACAUCCAAUUGCCAGCACUGUAGAAAAAUUCCCACUUCUGUUUGAAGAAGCUGUAUUCUUUCAUGCCUUCUCAAAGGAGAGGCAAGCAGAAGAAGGUGAUUAUGAACCCAGGAAGGCCUUUGAAGAGCCAAUUUUAUUCAACUGGCAUGUUGAGAAUUAUGAAGACACUGAAUUCGAAAAGAAAAAGAAAAUUGUAAAAUCACCUCACUUCUGGGUCAGUGGGUAUGAAAUGUUUCUGGAGCUCAAACUUCGUUCAUCUGGAUUCCAAGGUCUCUAUCUCACAAUCUGUACCCAGCAGUUCAACCAUAAUAGCAAAGGAUUUGUAAAGCUAAAAUACUCCUUGUCAUCGAAUUUCCUCAAAGCUACACAUGUUUUUAAUGAAGUGGACAUAUUUGACAAGGAAGGAUCAGGCUGGGGUUAUGAGGAAUUCUUCCCUUUGACCUGGCCAGAGUUCAGGGACCAGUUGAAGCGGUCACCACUUAUUAUUACAGCUCAGGUUAGACUGUUAGAGUAGGCAGAAUUUCAGGAUAGUUUGAACUGCGGCUUAUAUGAAGUGUAGUAUGAAAUAAAUGUGAUCUUCUUUUACACUCGUUUUCAGUCACACGUGCGCUUUGGGUUUUUCGUUUUCAUUAGUAAGUGGAUUUUGGUAACAAUAGCCAUUUCACAGUUUUAAUGGCAGUUAUAUGUUAACCAAUUAGAGAGCGCAGAAAGGCACCAGGCAUCAGGAACGCAGACAAAAGAUGAAUAUGCAUAAAAUCACUCUAUUUAAUUGCUUCAGUGGCAGUUGCAAAGAAGGUUUGACUGGAAAAAAAGUGUAAUAGUAGUAGCCAAACGGACAUUUUAUCUGCUAUUAAACUACAGUACAUUUAUUAUAAAAUAAUAAACUAUUAAUUGCUGGUGUGAA